CUUUUUAAGCGAAAAUGGACUGAUUUAUAAUAAACAUUUGUGAAGAAUGAAGCCUGUAAUCUUAACUUUGUUCUAUUUGACCGCUGUUUUUCUCGAAGACGAAUGUUAUGCGCAAAGUCAUCAUUGCUAUACUACUAGAAUGACAACAACGGAAACGUGCACAUCCAACUAUUUUUUUUUCCGAAAAUGCAAAUACAAAAAGGUAUCUACAAAAAAAAAGAUAUGUUGUAAUGGUUACACUGGAUUGAACUGUGAAACACCUAUAUGCGGUUCGUUGUACUAUCCUAACUGUAAUGUGAACAAUGAAGGCAUGGUUAUUUACAAAAAUGGAACAGUUGUGACAAAUAGUGGGGGUGAAUGCAUAUCACCCGAUACAUGUAUACAAUGUAACGAAGGAUUUUACCCAAACUCUCAGGUCGGCAAAUGCAAAGUUUGCCCUUACAUCGAGAAAUGUAAUGUCCAUCGAUGUACAAAUACGGGCGAUGUCACAUGCCAGUUUUGUCACCACGAGUUCAACGAUAAAGAAUUGGGUUGGAAUGAAUAUACUGGACUACCUUACAAGAAGCAAUGUACCCGAGCCUGCUCUUGGGUAUCGGGGUUUAGAUGUUUUCCGGGUUCCUGCAUAGAUAGUUAUUAUCGUUAUUAUGACUCUAGUGGAAGGACAAACUGCAAAUGUUCCACAGGAUUUACUGGUACUGAUUGCAAAACAGCAACGCAAGAUUACCAAAUGGAACUUAUUGAACAGGAGUUUGAAUUUCAUGAAUGUUCAAAUGAAAUUUGUCAUACUAUCAUUGUUUCCGGGUCGAAAAGUUGGUCAAAUGCCAAGGAACGCGUAUUUAUUGCAAUAAAAACGCUUGCAAAAGAUUCCUUUGAUCCCCCCAAACUACCUACGUACAUCUUGACGGAUACCAAAAUUGGAUUGUAUAGUAUUGCUGUAUCGGUAACUGCAAUACGAGGAAAAAAUUCAGUAAAAUGGACAGGUGAACAUAAAUGCAGCUACGCAAAGGAAUGUAGAUAUGAUAAAGAUAUCCGCAUUUCCGCAGCUGGACUUUCUUUAAUAGAAAAUGGAUUUUAUCAUGGCGAUAGAGUUAUUUUAAAUGUUCGCAUAAAAAAUGGUGGACAUGUACACUACCAAACAAGAGAUUUGAGGGGCUUAAAUCUCGUCAGAAAGUACAGCAUAAACGGUAUAGAAAAAACCUACGACAAGGAAAUAGAGUUUGACAUGGUUGCUCCAAUUCAUUGCAAAGAAACCAAUUUAUCUUGCUCCAGCCAGUCUCUAAGAACGUCUACCGACUUCUUAACUGAGAACCAGUUGGUAGUGUAUUGGGAUGGAUGGUCAGACGAAAAUUCUGGUAUUAGUACAUUCGAAAUAAAUCUGUAUAUGAUAGUGAAGGCUGGCAGCAAUACUUUAAAACAGGAUCAUGGAACGACUGGAGAAAGUAUCACAACGGACUUCUCCUCUAGCUCGGCAACACUGAAUUUGGAACAUCCUGGCCCAUACGCUGUAGAAUUAACAGCUAUUGACAAUGCCGGAAAUAAGAAGAACGCACGAAGGCUAUUUUUCUUUGACAAUACCUCGGAAGUGUCAUUAAACACAAACAGUUCCACAGUGGUUUCAAAUGCAAAUGAACGUGGAUGGAUAACACAGAAUACGGAUUCGAUUGAUGUUGCAUGGGCAUACAGGUUCCAAAAUAACGAUCAUGACAACAAUUGCUGGUUAUGUCGAUUUGAACCGUCACCUACGUCCGUGCCAUUCGUUUUAGAUGACACGUCUGGAGUUUCAGAGAGGACAUGGGAAACUAUUAACAAUAUUAAGGGUAUUGUACGUUUUGAUCUGGCUUAUUCUGAGACCUAUGAAGCCAUAACAACAGAAGAACCGUUCAAUCAAACAACCCAGACAGAGUUUAAUCAACAACGAGCCGAAGUUAACGGUAUUUCGAUUCAGGACGGUAAAAGGGUAACAUUUACCGUGAGAGGAUACGACAUUGUUGGCGCAUAUGCAGAAGAUAACGUCACUGUCUGGAUCGACACUUCACCUCCAGUAAUUGAAAACCUUUGGCUUACAAGAGGGGAUAUUGUCAACAUCAGUGUACAUAACGUAACGGAGCUGGCUGCUAUGACGAUCGAGUGGCACGUUUUUGAUGUACAUAGCGGCUUAUACGAAAUAUCUUGGCGAUUAUUUGACAAUUUUAGUAAUACGGAGGUUUUACAUGGUCAUUCAUACGAAUCUCCCCAACUUGAAUCGAAAACACUGACUGAAUGCGAACAAGAGUAUGCGAACUAUGCUAGAGGUCACAACUGUUACUGUUCGCCAUACCACGGCUGCUUCCAUCAACAUUUCCAAGUGAUUCCUCCAGUAAUAGAUAUUAAGACAGCCGGAGGUUCCACUGAACAGAUUGGUGGGAUCGAUGCAGAUAAAUCAGAUGGAGUGCAUGAAAGUGAAUACUACAUUGAGGUUACUGUAAUAAACAAUGCCGGUUUGACUACCGUCCGGACUCACAAGAUAACAGUCGACGUCUCCCCUCCUAAUGCAGGCCAUGUACAUGAUGGUACUUUAGGUUUCCCCGAGAUUGACUUUCAACAGUCGCUUACUCUAACUGCACACUGGGGUGAAUUUUUUGACAAAGAGAGCGGUAUUAAGUUUUAUAGGUAUAGUUUUGCGACGAGAUGUUUGUCAGCUGACGAAAUGCACUACGACAAGAACCACACUGAGAUUGUCCAGACAUAUGAAACGACUGCAAGCACUACUGUCCAAUCCCAAGGGCGAUAUUAUACGACCGUUGUUGCAUACAACCAUGCGUUGGGCCAAAGUGUUCCAGUGUGUUCGGAUGGAGUGGUUAUCGAUAGCACUCCAACAUUGAUAUCAGAAGUUGUCAUUAACGGUGGCAUUGUUAUUCCAAGAAUUAUCCAAGACAUUUUAACAGAUGAAGUAUUUGUUAUGAAAAAUAAUAGGGUGAUCCAGACGAUUCAAAAUCCGACAAAACUGUGCCGACAAAAGUCUUUUGAUGUUCCGACUAUGGACAUCCAACUGAUUCCAAGGCUUCGGAACAUAAAUGGAUCGUACAGCUCGGUUGACUCAACAGUUUGUGAAAGUAUCAGCAGUGUUUCAAGAAACAUUGUUACGUUUAUUCGCUCAGAUUCUCAUCUGGAUAUUUCUUGGAACUACACUGAAGGUCCAAGUGGCGUAAACUGUUUUGAAAUUGGCCUAUCGUCUGACAAUACCGAUACUCCAGAUAUUAUGAGUUUUCAGAGUUCAAUGCACCACAGUUUUAUGCGUUUAGUUCAUCCCGGUAUUUGGGAUGGACAGGAGUUCUUUAUAUUGCUGAAAGUUACGUCUAAAUCAGGUGUUGUUGAAACAAAGGCAGUCGGACCGGUCAUGGUUGUGAAAUCCAAACCAGAGUUUACGGGCGCUAUACACAUAAACAUUGAAGGGAAUUUCUUAGUUGCAAGUUGGGGAUCUGGUGACUUUGUUGAUCAUGGAGAAUCGGGAGAUUUGAAACUUGAAUUUGCAUUGGGAUCAUCAAAGUUUACAUCAAAUGUAUUACCGUUUUCUGCACAAAGAAGUGGCGGGAGUUGUAACAUAAAUGAUACAACAAGUUGUACUGCAGUCGAUAUGCGUAAUCUGAAAUGGGUCUUACACGAGAGUACAGACUAUUAUGGGACAGUCAAAGCUACUGAUCCACUCGGAUUGUUUGUCGUUGCAUCUUCAGAAAAGUACACACAUUACUACGAAGUGCCAUCUUCUGGAGUAGUUUACGACAUCGACCCAAGAGACGAUCGCCCGUUUGUUGACAUUGAUGACAUUGACUUUCAAAGCAAAACAGAUGUACUCGCUUCAAGAUGGGAUGGCUUUUAUCAUCCACACUCUAAUGUUCAAAUCAGAAUCUGUAUAAACGACCAAAAUGGCAUAAACGUUGUUUGUGAAACAGCUACUUCUGAUUACCAUCACACUUUCAAUGGGAUCCGUCUUCAGAGCUGUGAGAAAUAUUACCAAGAGGUUACUGCAAUGAGCAUCGCGGGUAAUGUUACCGCAUCAUCUGACGGUGUGAUUGUAGUCAUUCCUGAGGAGGAGCACAUAUUUGAGAUAUAUGAUGGCAUAAGAUGCAACAACACAGUCACAAAUGAGUUCUACACAGUGUCUCACUACAAACAGUUUGACACCUUUAAUUGUACGGAAGAUAUCGACUACCAGUAUCAGACAUCAUCGCUUUAUGCUUACUGGCGGUUGCCCGAAGAUAAGAGGCACUUUAUGCAGACCAUACUUUGGAGGAUAGAAGAGAGAGCUCCCAUAGCAGAUAUGUGGACUCCUUUGUCAGAAUACCAGAAUUUACGAAACAGAGACGUUUUACAUGUUACUGGACUGCAUCUGAUUUCGGGGCGGAAAUACCGUAUAUCUGUAAAAGCCUGUGCUAAACAGUUCUGCUUCAAAUCAAUGUCUAGUGACGGUGUCUUCAUUAUUCCAAAUUCUCCUAUAACUGGUUCCCUUUCUGUAACUUACGAUAUGGCAGUUAACACGAUAGCAGUAACCAUGGAUAGAUUUUACGACAGUGACAUUGAGGAUAUUAACGAAGCUCUGACAGUCAUUUUGCGGUAUGAAUACGCCUUUACAGAUGGAAAGAAUGACUCUAAAUUGCUCACCAAAUGGGACAUUAUCGGCAUAACAUCGGGAUCUGAAACAGCGAUUCAAUUUGAGAUAAUUCCCCUUCAAAAGAUACGAUUUGUGAAAUGUUGGAAACUAGCAAUCAGAGGAAUUACAAAGGCGGGAACAUAUACUACUAUUUCAUCCGAAAUACGGAACUGUUCCAAUUUACAAGAAGUAAAGCCAAGCAGUGUCAUUGAUGUAUUCGGUAAAACCAUUGGAACACAAGAUGGGCAUGAGAUCGGUGGAGAAAUAUUCUUAGAAAAAAAUCUUGAUUGGAAUGAAGACGACAAAGACUACACUUCUUACACAAAUAUUAUAUCGGCCGUAUGGCCGAAAUUAAGAUAUAAACAUUACAAUUGGGCAGUUAUUUCAAUGAGCAACGAGGAUCCUACGAUUUUCUACGGCACAAAUGACCAUGUUGGCCUCCGUUUUCCAUGCACGCACCCUGAAAUGAUUGCUUGUGGUGAAACAGAUGGAGAAUAUAUGAAUGCAAAAUUUGAUGCUGGAGUCAUUACACAUGGCAAACGGUACAUAGUGUGCAUCCAUGCCAAUGAGACCUACCUAUAUCAUGAGAAAUGGACACAACAUCUUGAUGAGUUCAUGGAAUGCAGUGACGGUGUAACAGUGGAUAUAACCCCACCCAUUGCUGGGAGGGUCUGGAUUGGUCAGGACAUGAAUCACUUCUAUCAGAUGUCAACAUCAGAUAUACUUGUGAUGUGGGACUCAUUCUCUGAUAUAGAGGAACACCAAUACAAUGUACACGAAGGUGGAAUUGCAUACUACGCAAUACACAUAGGUUCAUCACCAGGUGGAAACGAUGUUACUAAUUUAGUCACAGUUGGAUUGGUGAACCAUAAAGUGUUCCAUAACCUUUUUCUCCAAAACGGAUUGUCCUACUAUGCUACAGUGAAGGGAUACGACCACGUUGGACUGUCAACCAGUGAGGUAUCACAUUCUGUAGUUGUUGACUUUACACCACCGAAAGUUACUGGGAAUUCCAUCCAGAUACCCAAUAGGCAUAUAUUGAAUGUAACGUCGAUAUCUGCUUGCUGGAAAAACGUGUUUGAGGACCUAGAGAGUGGAAUGAACAGAUACGAAUGGUCUGUUGGUACAAGCCAUGGGUACGAAGAUGUACUCGAGUAUACAAGAGUUAACGGAGAUUGUGCCGAGUCUGAGCUGCAUCCAUCACGGACAUUGAAAGAUGGUCACUCGUACUUUGUAACAGUAAAGGCCUAUAACAACGCCGGGCUAUUUUCCAUUGAUACGUCAUGGGCUUUUGUUGUUGAUACAACGCCACCCGACUCUGGUUUAGUUUACGACGGUCAAUAUGACGGCACAAAUACAGAUAUUGAUUACAUGACUUCAUCAAACACAGUUCAGGCUUACUGGACUCAUUUUAUUGAUGCACACACUCCAGUUCAUGAAUACUUUGUAAGCGUUGGAACGUGUAAGGAAUGUGACGAUGUGCUGAGGGAACAGUCAGUUGGGAUUAGAAAUGAAAUGGAGAUUACUGGUUUGGCACUAAUGGAAGGCCGUGUUUACUACACAAGCGUGAAGGCAUGCAAUACGGCUAUGCUUUGUUCUAGAGCAUCUUCUGACGGUUUUCUAAUAGACAAAUCACCACCAACUAGAGGAACAGUUAUUGAUGGCCUCAGCGGAAGUGAUAUUCAAUAUCAGGCUUCAAGAACUCAUGUUGGCUGUAAAUGGUUUGGCUUUUCGGAUCCUCAGUCUGGAUUGAGUCACUACGUUUGGAGACUUGGGACAAUGAAAGGUGGAGACGAUAUAGUAUCGGCGACAAAUGUACACAACCAUGAAAUCGCGUACAUUUUUGAUGUUCAAUCACACGCAGGAAAUCUUCUCCCUGUGGGAAAACUGGUUUAUUGCACCGUUCGAGCAUAUAAUAAAGCGGGAUAUUUCUCUGAUAUGUCUUCCAACGGAUUUGUUGUUGACACAAGCCCGCCGACAAUUGUCAAAGAGUUAGCAUUGUCACCGUUUGGGAGGAGUAGCAGCUAUGACAGAACAACACUACUAAGGUCGUCUUUAAAAGUCCAUUGGGAGACCUUUGAUUCAGAUUCUGGAAUUUCCGCCCAGUAUUUAUCUGUAUCAUCGCACAUUGGAGGCGAUUUCAAUAUAUCAACUGUAAAGAUUGAUGCUGUCGCAACCGAUUAUACUUUCUUGAAAUUGGACCUCCAUGAUGGCAGCUAUUACGACAUAAAGCUUACUGUUUGCAACGGUGCCAAACAGUGCACACAAUCUUUGUAUGCAAAUCUAUUGGUCGACAGCACUCCUCCAACCAUGGGUACCUUUGCUAUAAACACAGACCAUGCAUCUGAGUUAGGAAGACAGCCUGAAAACUGGAUGAAAUGGAAUCCUAUUAUGUUGAUUAUUUCUUGGUUGGGGUUCGAGGAUAUUCAUAGUGGGAUUGACACGUAUAUUAUAAACGUUGGAACAAGAUAUAUGGCGAACGAUCUAAACAAGAAUAGCGAUAGUUUAAUAAGGGUAAAACAUGUCAAUAUUGGAUUUGAGCACCGGGAAGGAUUCGUUCAAACCUACUCAGUAGAAACAAAAUCGCUGUCUAAUAGAAAGAGCGUAUAUGUCAGCGUGUAUGCGAUAAACACGGUAGGACUGCAUAGCCCAAUACUACACGCUAAGUUUAAUCUAUUAUUCGGAGGAAUACUAUCCAUGGUAAGGCGUUGUGAAGCCGAAACCUGUCUCGGACAUUGUGUGUGCGCUCCUGUACCGGCCAGAUGUAAUUACACCAGCAAUUCUUGUAUAUCUGGCAAUAUUGAGAACGUAAAUGCAGUAUCGGUAAGAGACCAUCUCGACUUAGAUUUUAUUGAGAAUCAAGAAGCAGCCCAAUAUUCACCAUUCGAUUCCUUCUUAGCCGCCGUUUGGACUGUGGUAGACACUGGAAAAUCAAACCCACUAUGGUACGAAUGGAGUGUUGGCGAAUCAAAAUAUGAAACUCCUAAAGGAGUAUUUGAUGAAAUUACCGACAGAGUUUGGCAUGACGCAGGUUCACAUAUGACAUGGGUGUAUACGCUACCACGAGGAAGUAUUCUCCGAAGAAAGUUUAAAUACUCGUUUUACAUACGAGCUUGGUAUGAUGACAGUACAUAUUUUAUCUUUAAAAGCAGCGGUUUAACUAUUUUAUCAAAACCACCACAAACGACAAACAUCCGAGGUGUGAGUGUUAAAGAAGUUUUGUCCGACACUCUCAAAGAUGUUGAUUAUAUUUCUGAUUCGAGCCAUGUAAUGGUAGACUGGACUGGAAAAUUCCUUGGUGACACUAUCAAGAAAUUUCACCUUUAUCUGAGUACACAACCUAACGGAAAUGAUCUGCAUGUUAUAUCCACAAAUAUCAAUGCAUCGGUGACGAAAUACGAUACUACUGGAGCUAAGUAUAAAGAAAAUACAAGAUAUUUCUCAGUUGUGCAAGCUUUCAACUAUGCUGGACUUCACACUACUGUCAGUUCAGAUGGUUUUAUGCUGGAUACUGAAAAACCGGACGGUGGCACGGUGAACGACGGCAUAGUCUUACAUGAUGUCCAGUUUCUGAAUUCAUCGAACCAGCUUUCUUCGUUUUGGUAUGGAUUCAGUGAUGCUAUUUCUGGAAUUGACCAUUAUGAACACUGUGUUUCGUCCCUGAAAUACAAGGGUCGAUGUGACAAACAACCAUUGAUCAAUGUUGGGUUAUGGACCUAUCUUGAGAGAAAAUCGCACGAGGAAUUUAUCCAAGGAGACGUAUUGUUCAGUGAGGUUCGUGCUUACGAUAUGGCCGGUCAAAUAUCGGACUUGGUAGCGUCUGAUGGUGUUAUUAUCGAUAGAACGCCACCACUUCGGGUUACUUACGUUUUAUCCGACGAAAAUCUCGUACGUAAUGGAUCGUUUGAAUAUGCUGCAAACAGCUCUCUGCAGUGCGAAGAUUUGCCUAAUUCAUUUUGGAAUGGACAUAACUCCUGUCUUAAAGCUAUAAAAGCCCACAACCUGCCUCAUGGGAACUCUUACUUGCUACUUCAGGGAAGUGUCUCUCAAGAAAUAAUUGUUGAACAUUCCGGAAAAUUUAAAUUACAGUUUUUCACAUCAAAUAUGCCAACGGAAUUAGCGCAGAUGUCAGUUCAAGAUGGUUAUGUCGUUGUCAACGAAACCAAACAUGUAUUUCUGAUGCAUAAAAGGCCAUCGUCAACAGAAGCGGUAAUUUGGCAAGAACACCACUAUCUUUUAAACCUUCCUGUGGGAAAAACAACAGUAACGUUUGGAGCUGAAAAUAAAGCCAGCUUUGGUAUAGACGAUAUUAGUAUUCGUUAUUAUUCCGGGAAAGCUUACCUGGAAAACAGCACCGAUGUUAAACACCUGCAAGCUUUAACUAUUCAUGCUCACGACUGGUCAUCUAUUUAUUCUGACUGGCACUUCGAAGAUCCGGAAAGUGGAAUUGUAGAAUACUUCUGGGCCAUUGGUACUGUUCGGGGUGGCACACAGCUACAAGAAUACACCAGUGUUGGUAGAAAUGAAUUUGCGUCAAGCAAUACCAUUCAGCUACAACACAACACAGUGGUGUUUGUCAGCGUAAUGGCAGUAAACGGGGCAGGCUUAAGGACGGUGAGCCAUUCCGAGCAGAUUUAUAUCGAUUUGACACCACCGGAGUUUGAAUACGUUUACGAUGGUGAUAGUUCAGAUUUUGAUAUUCAAUUUCAAAUGUCACUCAACGUCAGCGUGACUUGGUCAGUGAAGGAUCCAGAAUCGGGAAUACAGGAAUGCUCCUGGGCAAUAGGCUUGUCACCAAUGGAUACAUCGCUUCAAGAUUAUACACAGAUAGCCAUAACGGAGAAUGUUGCAAGUACAGUUCUUGGUUCAACACCGUAUGAUCGAAUAUUUUCGACCGUGAGAUGCACGAAUGCAGCUGGACGUAAGAUUUCGAUGUCUACAGACGGGCUGAAAGUUUUAAACAUGUCGUUGACAACAAAUGACGUAUACAUCUCCUUAAUGGCAAUAUCCGAGACACAAUAUCCAGCUAUUGGAAGAUACCAUGGCAACAGGACUGAAAUCAAGUUUCAGUGGGCGGGUUUUAGACAAGAUGAAGGAAUAAAUAAUUAUUUGAUAUCCCUAGUUGGUGUUGACACCUCGUUCUCUGAAACAGUCAUCGGUAGUUCCUCUGAUGUUAACUUUGCUAGUUUUACCGGAUUGAACCUUGAGGAUGGCCAAUAUAAAGUAACAGUACAGGCCGUUAACGAAAUUCACAUGUAUAGUGAAAAGAAAACCAUUGGCUUCUAUCUUCUUACAUCUAUCCCAACUAUCACGGGAGGAUCGGUCGUAACAUCAUGGGACCCGAAAACUCUUAAAGCAAAAGCAGAAUGGUCAAACGUAUUCGAUUCCACCCAUCCGCUGUAUUACGAAGUGACCUUGCGUCAGGAGAAUGGCGAAGGAGAUUUGAUACAGUGGCAGGAGACAACGAAUACUGAGAUAGAAGUUAUGCUAAAAAAGGAUGACAUUUCUUCCUCGGGCAGUACGCUUAAAUUCAGUAUAAGGGCGAUAAACCAUGCUGGAUAUUUUGACACAUUGUACGCUGACCUUUUUGUUAUUGUGUGAUGAUUUACCAACACAUUUAUAACACUAUUUGAAUGUUGGUAGUUAAAUUGCGUAUAUCUAUUUUGUUUGCUAAAUCAUGCUGGAUAUUUUGACACUUUGUACGCUAUUUUUUUGUUAUUGUGUGGUGAUUUACCAAUAUAUUAAUACCCUAUUUAAAUGCUGAUAAUUUAAUUACGUAUAUACGCUUUGUUUAAUAUACUGAAUUAAAUUAAAACAAUAUGAUGAAUUGUGACAGGUCUCGUAUAUUGUUUUGGGCGACUAUACCCCGCUUAAUGUUCAAUAACAUAUUUUAACUGCAAAUUGUCAAUUUAGUAUUUUGGGCGGGCCUAAACGCUAUUAGUAUCGACACGAACCAGAUAUCGCUGUACCUUACUGAGUUUAAAUUCAAUGAGUAAAACGUGAACUGAAAUGCUGGGGGCAGUGAAUAAUAAUAAGUGGUUUGAAUUAAGACACUAUUAAUGUUCUAAUCCGCCAGCAUAAAGAAAUUGACGUCCAAAUCGUUGAAGGAGAACUGUUAAUUAAAAUUGGAUGUAAAAAUCUGACGGGCUCACAUAUGUUUUAAAAAUAUAUUUAAAUGUAAAGAUUAUGUGUUAAACGCUUUUUGCUUUAAAUAAACAAUACGCAAUGAUUUGUAUUUUUUGCCAAAAAAAUAAUAAAUAGCUUUUUUGAGA